AACCUAAAAGCAGGCACGUCGUUCCAGCAGUUAACAUGCUUUUUUUAGGCGUCGUUAUUCAUUGUUUGGAGCACACAUUUGCAUUUGACGCACCAUCGACAGUCAAUUUAGAACUAAGGGGAACACAUGUGCGCCCCGAAGCCGAAGGAGACGACGCUUGAACGUGUUUCUGACCUGAUGGAGUAUAAUUUCGAGUGUUCAAUGUGCGCUGUUAUAGAGUUACACGAACCUACACACAGUCUCUCCGGUUUCUCGGAUGAGAUCAUAAGUUUAUAUAGUAUUUCGAUGUGCGGAAAAUAAUAUCGUUGGCUCACAUACAAAACGGCGUCAUCAUCAGUCAUCGAAAGUCGCUCCGGUUAAUUGAAAGCAUAGACAGAGCAUCGCGUACUGAUUUGAAUAACAUGUCCAUCUGGCAGUAGGCUGGGGGAUGCGAGUAAAAAUAGUGCCAAAUAGAAAUCCAAGCGUGCCAAGAUUAACAAUCAUUUGCUGACAGACCACACAAGCCGUAGGCAACAUGAUCCAGAUCUAAGCAACUUCUGUUCAAAUAAACACCCCAACCGUUCAGCAAAAUCCGAAUGCUCAAAUUGAAAUAUGGCUGUGUUGAUGUCCUAUCACCGUUUAAUAGAGAAAGACUCCCAACAUGUGAGUUAUUGCUGGAAAAUGUCCAUUCUGAUAGUUCUAGUCGUUGCGGUCGCGUCCAGUUUGAUAAUAAGUUUCAGCUUAUACUCCUUGUGGGAAAGCUUCAGCCUAAACUGCUUCGUCGGGGCCAAUUUAAGUUUUGUGAUAUCUUCUGACGAGUCUAAUUAUCUACAAGGCGCUGCUCAAUCGGCGCAAAAUGAACAAAAUCAGUAUCAAACUUUGCAGGAAAAUCAAACAGAAGAGAGAUACAUUAUCCACGAAUACAGCAGCAAAUGGAGCAACCCGGACUUUUGCGAGUAUCUGACUUACACGCCGUUAUUCCAUGCGCUACUUGGAGUUAUUUGGAUGGCCCUAUUUGUGACCCACGGUCACGGCGGUGAAGGCGUUGGAAGUAUAAUAGCUCGACCCUGGCGGAUCGUCAUACCGUCGUUGGUAUUCUUCGUCAUUUGUGGCAUUUCGGCGAUUGUGUGCGCUAGUCUAACCACAAGCGGUUUGAACGAAUUUUGCCAACAGUUCAACAAAAUCAUUUCCACCGGGGAAAGCGAAUGUGCGCGAAUGAUCAGCUACUUCUCGAUGGACCAUGCGAACGAUCUUGUACUGCCAGAUAAAAACUACUAUCUGGUGGCUGCAUUUCCUUGGAUUUGGGUAAGCAGUUACAUUUUCGGAGCUGUUAUCCUAGUGCUUCGCAUCGUUCUGGUUGUCGACUUCAAACUAAUUCGAAUAGUUGUUUCCACCGUCGAAAGGGAUAUGGAAUCUACACAGAGCGAGCAGCACCAAAAUGUUCAAGUAUUGAACGAAGGAACGCAAUUUAGCACAGAAGCUACCAGUUCAGUACGAUUAGGAGAUUAAUGCCUGCAAUAAUAGUUUUUACCUUUCGGUACCUGUUGUGCUUUUAGUAAUAGUGUUUGCGUACUAAUAUGUGAUAUAUAACAAUUUUAAAGUCUCUCUACAGUAAGCAUUUGCGACGAACACCAAAAUCCUUAAGCGACA